AUGCCUGAUAGGGACCUCUUCUUCUGCCAAACCCUGAGCGUAAUUCGUGGGCGUUCGUGUUUUCAGGUGGACUUUGCAGACCCCUAUAUUGGCGGUGAAUUUCUUCGCUUCGGUAACGUUCAGGAGGAGUUAAUGUGCUGUAUGCAACCGGAGAUCCUAGCUGGUCGCCUCUUCAUGGAACGUCUUCUGCCGCAAGAAGCCGCCCUCGUCAUUGGCGCCGAGAGAUUCUGCAGCUGUACUGGUUAUGCGCGCAAUCUAGCGUGGUCAGAGGAUUUUAGGGAAGCCGAUCAAGGCAGUGUUCGAGACGUCCGUAGUCGAUGGAAAAAGUGCAUUGUAGCGAUUGACGCUACCCACUUUAAAAAUGCUUCGGCACAAUUUCAAGACACCUAUCUUUACCGCGAAUUAAAUAAGGCUUUCAUCGGAUUCACUGACAUGGCGGCUCCUUACGAAUCCCUACCGUGCACCGUUGUCAGUGGCAACUGGGGCUGUGGUAUUUUCAAGGGCAAUAAAGCCCUCAAAGCGUUAAUUCAACUCAUGGCCUGUGCUCAAGCUGGGAAAGCUCUGGCAUACUCGACUUUUCAGGACGAAUCCUUGGAAAAGGAACUUAAGCGGACCUACGACAACCUCGUAGCCUCAGAGUGUACCGUUGGUAAGUGCUUUAUUUACUGA